UAAAACCAAAGCAAAUUCAAUUCAUGGUUUGUAGUGACGAAUUGUUGAAUUAGCUAUAUUUAGUGGAUUUCUACGCCUUUACAUACAAUAAGUAAAUUGAAUAAGUUGUAUUCUAGUAAUAAAUAUCGAUAGAAUAAUGACGGACGUUGCGAAAAAGGUGCAGGAGUACAAAGAUUCUCUCAAGCAGAAGGCUGAGCAUUUAAUAAUAAAAGGCUUCCCUGAGAAGAUAGUGAAGUUGAAUGAACUUCUCGAAACGCCAAAUUUCCAAAAUCGAGAUUUCGCUGAUGUUCAUCAGGACCUAAACAUUCCAGUACCCCCGCCAGCCGCCUCGCAAAAUGAACCACAAGCCAAGAGACCCAGAGUGGACUCCUCAGAGACCUCCAGUCACUCGACCUUCGAUGGGACUAGAGUGUAUGCGCUGCCGAAUGGUUCCGUUCCAUGUAACAAGCCUCUCAGCGACCUCAUACAUCUUGUUAAACCACACAUUCGGGAGCUCGUUGAAGAUUCCAAUUUGUUGAAAAUGUGGAUCUCCUUCAUGAUCCCGAAGAUCGAAGACGGUAACAACUUCGGCGUGUCAAUACAAGAGGACACGCUAGCGGAGAUCCAGUCGGUCGAAUCAGAGGCUGCGGCAUUCUUCGACCAGAUCUCGCGGUAUUUCAUCUCCAGGGCGAAGAUUGUCUCCAAAGUGGCCAAGUAUCCACAUAUUGAUGACUAUAGAAGAGCUGUUAUAGAACUGGAUGAGAAGGAAUACCUGUCGCUGUGGCUGGUGAUGUGCGAGAUCCGCAAUCGCUACAGCUCACUGCACGACAUCGUCAUCAAAAACCUCGAGAAAAUCAAGAAGCCCCGCUCCUCGAAUGCCGAGAGCCUGUAUUAGACGUAAAUAAUAGGCACAAUAGCACACGUUUUUUAUGACGUUUUUUGACCGGUUAUUAAACGUGUAAUGUUUUCUGUAGUAAGAUAUUUGGAAAUCCAAAAAAAAGUGUAAUACUUUAGACACAUUUAGUCUUCAAGCAACGCCGGCUUCCGACAUGUAAGAAGGGAGGAGCCCAAGCGAUAUCUUACCGCACAAAUCAUUCUGCCAUUUUUUGCGCAACGUGCACACAGUCUCACUUCUCACUCACUACAUACAAAAUCCAAUCUGUAAUGACGACACAAAUACAUGGAAAAUGACACGUCAAAGACAAAUCUUGCACACCUCGAUCUCUUUUUGUGUACGGACGAAUCACAACACGCAUAGCCAUAGUUACAAUUGUACCUAUACUUCGGCAUAGGGGAAAUAGUACGAAUGUCGUCCCUUCCGUGUUGCUUGAAGCAUUGAGUAGUCCUAAUAAUAAUCUUUAUAUUUUUUAUGAAUCCAUUUCUAAAUUAAUUUUACGGUUACUACACGUAAGUGAGUUAAUUAAUCCAUAAAAUUAGUUUAAUUGAUUAAGUACUUGAAUGCUUUAAAACAAUUUUAUUUGUCUAUGCAAAACUAUUAUAACAUUAUGUAUUGGAAAUGUAAGAGUUAGAAAGUUAGCUAAUUGACAAGUCAAAUUUUAAUUUAUUUGCGCAAGUAAGCUGCUGCAUCGCUUUUGUUUAUCUAUACUGAGAAGAGACGCAGCACGAAUAUUUAGCAUAAUAAUUAUCUAUAAUAAAUUUUGUAUUAGUCAUACUGUAGGAAACAUUACAUGAUUAUGAAAAAAAAAAGUUAUCUAAAACCCACUUAGUCACAUAAUGUAAUGAUGCAGAUUGUCAAUCUAAUAUCAAGCCGUCUUAUUUUUUAUUCACUGUUUUGCAUUUCAUUACAAAUGGGGUUGGCAACUGUCAAAGGUUUGCAGAGAUGGCGCCAUCAUAGCUUGCCCCUUUUUCUAUGAGAUUUGGCUUAUAGGGCUGGCAUCCAGGGCAUUAAAAAAAAACAAAAAUUUGACACAAUUCUAGGGAUUGACAGGGCAAGCUAUGCUGGCGCCAUCUGCUAAAUAUCGACCAUAUAUCGACCAGCCAACCCCAUUGACAUAAUUUUUACUGCUCAUAACAAUAAUUAUUAUACUUUCUUUACUAUAAUUAUACCAAUGAGUUAUUAUUACUAUAGAGAAGCCAUACUAAACAAUGAAAUUGUCGCAAUCGCAACCUCCUACUCGAUCUAAACGUCGUAAGCGCCGUAAAAUUCCUAGCGCUUACGCUUUUUAUAUUUUGCAACGAAACAAUUUUAAAUUGUGUUCAAUGUUACCCAUUUAUUUAAUAAAGAAAGGACGGUUAUCACGAGAUAUUUCGUACAUUGACCCGCCUGUUCCUAUCUCUAUCGCAC